AUGCUGGUACACAAUACCGACGAAGCACUCGCCAGUGCCGUGGAUGAGCCCCCGGAUUCGCGGCUGGCUCACUCGGGCCAAGUCUAUGGUUUCCUCAAAAGAGACCAGGACAAGGUGCCUGAGUUGGGCCAGCUCUGCUCCCCUAUCCACGACCGGGCCAGCACGGCACCGUGCCCGGUUCCUGUCACUCCAAAACGCUUAUCGCCAAGCAACGAGAGCGGCUCGGAACUCUCCACACCGCGCCUGGCAGUGAGUCCGAGCUGCACGGAAUCGACCCUCGGCAGCCCAAGCAGCCUGUCGAGCGUGCAGAGUUUUACGGGGUCCCUGCACCGCGGCGAGUAUGCCGACGUCGAGGACUUUGAUUUGGAGCCCGAGCUCGAGCCGGUCGACGAGGUCGAUGAGGUGGAAGCUGUUUCGAUGGCCGCGCUCGACCUCUCGGAGUCGGCCAGCACCGAGGAGCAACCGGGUGCCUACCACAAGUACACGCCUGGCGCUGCCCGCCUCGCUGCUCGCACCCCGGUACCCCGCAAAAAUGACGCGUCGGAACCCGAGGAGGGCGCCACACCGACGCCGGCCCACACGAAGCACGAGGCAUCGCAUGCGACAUCCCCGCCACCUGCUGCGUGGCCCCUGCGCAAAGGGCGUGUGUUUGAAAUCAUCGCCCACGGCGACGACAUGCCCCGCACCACCUCGCCACAGCCGCGCGACGGCAACGAUGGCAGCUCGUGCAUCGAGUACGACCUCGACAUCCCCCCCCUUCCUCCGAUGCCGCCGCCAAAUGUGAACCCAAUCGAUACCGUGCCGGCCGUGCCGUCGCCCCUCUCGGUUUGUGUGACGGCGGAGACCCCCGCCGAGGCACAGGCCGAUCGCCCCGCCGAGGCCCCGCCUGCCGAGGAAGACAUCAGCUCGAGCACCGGCACGCUCGUUCCGGACGACCGCAGUGCGGGGCGCUCGUCAGACGACAGUCGUACGCCCUCGCCGAGGCACCGCAAGUGCCUUGGCGGCCUGUUGCGUCGCAACAGUCGCGCGAGUUCGAGCACGCCUGCGCUCAAAUCUGCGCUGUGCUCGAACGAGGAGGACCGUGGCCGCCGUCGCAACCGCAACACUUCGCACUCGGUGCGCUUCAGCUCCAAUGCGCCGGUCGAGGUGCGCACGCACAGCCCUGUCGAGUACGACCGCAAGCCGUGCCCCGUGAACAACAAGCUGUGUAACAAGGAUUUCGAAGAGCUUCGUGAUCUGUGUCUGCCUAUGGACCUGCUUGAAUCGCGCUGGCAGUCGCUCCGCGGCAAACACCCGAUCCACGGGUCGGAUGCCGAAGCCCACGACGAGCCCGAGGAGGUGCACAGCCACGUGCCGUGGCAGGCGUCCAAGUCACCGCCCAAUGAGCCGCCGGCGCCUACCGGCCCGACGACGCUGCCUCUCUCUGUAUAUGAAACGAACGAGGGCCCUGCGCCGAGUGCCGCCUCGUUUACCAAGCCAGCCAGCCCCCGCACCUGUGAUCCGCUCUCGGAUCUCCGCAAAAUGCGCGAGCAGCGCCAGUGCCAGACGCGCCCACCCUCGCGCGACCGGCGCAAGGCACGUCGCCAGUCUAACUGCUCGUCGCUCGGUUCCGCGCUUGCGGCGCGAUUUGGCCUGAACCAGCCCCCCCCUCCGCUUCCGGGCACGGGCGUUUCGCCGCCGCCGUCCAACUGCUCGUCCGAGUCGUUGGCGUCGGUGCCCGACGACCCGUACCCCAGUGCGAGUCCCUAUAUGCACGACAACUCGAGUGGUUACGAGAGUCCUGCUGCAGACCUGUACGAUAGCGGCAGCGAGUACGACCUCGUUGCCUAG